AUGAGUGAAUCCUCACAGAAUGAAUCGUUAAAUGAAUAUUUGGAAUGUCUACAUAUUGAUUCCAAUGAAUGUGACGAAGAGAACGAUGAAUCUGAAUCAAAUCCUGAAUCAUUUAAUGCUCAAAUUUAUUCGCUACAAAAACAAAUCAUAUCAUCGAUGGAAAUUCAAACAAGAUCAAAUCCAUCCAUCAUCGAUUUACUACCAGAAACAGAACCAUUUACAUCUUCUAUAGUGACAACGAAUGAAAUAAAUUAUAUACCGAAGACAUUAUCUCUAAUGAAUCGUUCUGAUCGACGUUGGACUAUCGUACCAAUAUUACCACCAUUGACAACGACGGAAAUUUUGACAUCAAUUUCGCCCGUAUCACUAACUGUGGAUGACUUAUUAUUAGCAAAUGUACCUAGAGAACUCAUACAAAUUGCACUCACUCACUCAUUCUAUCUAGUUAAUUUACUAUCAGCAAAGCAAAUCUAUCGUCGAGAACAUAGUUGUGAUGAUUUGAUUACCUAUGAAAAUUCUCAUCAUAGCUUAAAAACAAAAGAAGAUACCUAUCUAUUAUAUGAACUUUUUCUAUGUUUAAAUACACAAUGGCGUGUACCUGUCGUUUUGUUAGUAUACAAUUAUGAACGAAUGCUUUCAGCAAUGGAACAUUUUACUUUGGAAGAUUUUGUUAAACGAAUACCAACUAUCAAAUGGUCUCUCGAUGAAUGGAAAUGGGCAUUAGAAUUCUAUUUACAAAUGGAUGUCGAUUGUUUCUAUAUGAAAACAUGUUCAUUUCGUCAAAGUCGACCACGUACAUUUUUGGAAGAUGGUCAUCGUAUACAAGAAGGUCUAUUCUGUAUUAAAGAACCACAAGCUUGUUAUGGAAUGAAACGUUGUGAAAAUCAACAUUGUUUAUUUUGUUAUCGACAUCAUCGUACAACACGUUUUAAUCAAUUGUCAUUAAAAUAUAUGGAUGAACAAAUGCAUACAUUUGUCAAUCAAUAUCAAGUCUAUCUCAAUUGCAAUGUUAGUUGUUCAUCAAAAAAUGUCAUCUAUACAUUGACAUGUCCAUGUGAAAAAUAUGAAUAUAUUGGUCGUACAUCGGGUGCUUUUUAUAAACGUCUCUACUAUCAUCGUAUUCAAUGUUCAAGAAUUAUUCGUGAAUUUCUUUUAGGUGAACAAAUAGUCCUACGUUUUAGAUCCGCCGCAGCAGCAUUAAUAAACAAUACUGAUAAAAUCAUAAAAAAUGAUGCCAUGAAUUUGUAUCGACAUGUCGCACAUUGUCCCGUAGCAUUACAAUUAUUUCUUACAUUUCAUUUUAUCUAUUGGUGUCUUGUACCAAUGUCAAAAGAACAAGCCGAUAUCGACGAUACAAUCAAUCAGCAGCGAUCAAGUUUUCUUUUACGUCAUUUUACCGAAGAAAAAUUUAAUCAAUCUCAUGAAACAAAUGAUACUCGAAGUGAUGAAAUGGUUUAUUGGUGA